UCUCUUUUGUUUUUUGGUAUAUUUUUAUCGUUUUUAUUUUCAUUUUUGUGGAAUACGAAAGCCUCAACAUUCUCCAAGUUGUUUGUAGAAAAUUCGUAAGUGGUUAGAAUUCAACCAGCGCAUGGAACAAAUGGUCCAAAAUACAUGAAUAUCCAAAGACUGCUUUCUGCAAGUAUGCUGCACAUGUCUUGCUGCUUCUUCUGAUGAAUUGUGUUCUUCUUCUUCAAGAAGAGUAUUUAUUUUUCAUUUCUUAACGACAACAGAGAGGGAGCUGAGGGAUUAGGCGAGCAGAACUACAAAACCGAGAAGUAGUAGUCAUGAAGAGGCAGCUGAGUUCCUCCUCUAAAUCAUCAACCACUAGAAUAACUAGACCAUUGGUGUUCUGUUUUAGCAUCCCUUUCUCUAUCAUCUUUCUCUCUUUUGUUAUCAUUUGGGUUAACAAAACCGCUCCUCCCAAUUCAUUGCCGGUUCAAGAAACCAGCAGAUGUCUCCGGUUCAACACUACAUCCUCAGCCGUUUCGAGUUUCAUAGUUGCUGUUGUUCCACCUGUUCCAUCAUCUGCUGAGACUAAUUUGACCACUGGUAAUUCGAAUAGCAAUAUUUCUGGAGUUACGUCAGAUGAUAGUCUUCCUCCGAAAGAUUCAACCUUGAAGUUGGCGGCUAACCCUUUGAGUGCACCUGAAAAUGCUUCUAGCUUUUCUGGGACUAAUUCGCUUGUUAGCGGGCUGCAGAGGAAGGAGAAUGAGACAGAUGAUGAUGAACAAGACAGAGGCGGUGAUGACUUAGAUGGUAACGAGCUCAAAACAGAGGAACAAAGUGCAGCAGCUGUGGCUAUGGAGCAAAAUAUUACACCAUGGAACAAGUCUGAAGAGCAAAAUGCCCCAUUGACGAAUGGGGUUCAAGGGAAAAAUGUUCCAUUGACGAAUGAGACUGAAGAGCAAAAUGCUGCAUUGAGUGAAAAACAGAUUGAACGGCAACAAUGGCCACUGACUAAUGAGACUGAAGAGAAAAAUGUGCAAUUGUUGAACGUUGAAGAGCAAAAUGCUACAUUGAGCGAAAACAAGGUUGAAGAGCAACAAUGGCCAUUAAUGAAAGAGACUGAAGAUAAAAUUGCGCCAUUGUUGGACAAGACUGAAGGAAAUACUGCAUCGUUGCUGAACGGGACAGAAGAGCAAAAUAUGCCAUUGUUAAACAAGACUGAAGAUCACAAUGCUGAAUUGAGCGAAAAAAAGAUUGAAGAGCAACCAUGGCCUGUGAUGAAAGAGAUUGAAGAGAAAAAUGCGACUUUGUUCAACGAGGUUGAAGAGAAAAAUGCUUCGUUAAGCAUAAACAAGUUUGAAGUGCAGGACACAACAUUGAUGAACAAGACUGAAGGGAAAAAUGCGCCAUUGUUGAAUGAGACUGAAGAGAAUAAUGUGCAAUUGAAGAACGAGACUGAAGAGCAAAAUAUGCUAUUGUUGAACGAGACUGAAGAGCAAAAUGCUGCAUUGAAUAAGAACAAGAUUGAAGAGAAACAAUGGCCUGCGAUGAGAGUGAAUGAAGAGAAAAAUGCGCCAUUGUUGAAUGAGGUUGAAGAGAAAAAUGCUGCAUUGAAUGACAAGAAGAUUGAAGAGGAAGCCACGCCAUUGCCAUUGAUGAAAAAGACUGAAGAGCAACAAAAUGCGCAGUUGAUGAACGAGACUGAAGACAGGAUUGAAGCAGACAGGAUUGAAGCAGACAAAAGUAGGAAAAGGAUGGUUGGAAAGAAGAAAACGAAGAAGAAGAAGACCAGAACAACUUCACUUGAUCAAAAUUCUCAAAUUUCCAGCAGUGGGGGGCUGCUGGUCGAAGAAGACAUGAGCAUAACAAAAUUAGGGGGAUCAUGUGAUUAUAGUACAAAAGGGAGGUGGAUCAAAGAUAACAACAGCUAUCCUUUGUACACAUAUCGUUCUUGUCCUUUCAUAGAAAAAGGUUUUAAUUGUGAAGGUAAUGGGAGAUUAGACACAGAUUUCAUGAAGUGGAGGUGGCAACCAGAAGAUUGUGACAUUCCAAGGUUCAAUGCAAGGAAAAUGCUGGAACUGAUUAGAGGGAAAAGGCUUGUUUUCGUGGGGGAUUCACUCAAUAGGAAUCAAUGCCAAUCCAUGGUUUGCAUGCUAAUGGGAGCUAUAAGAGGGCUCAGAGUCAUCAAAGGAAAGAGGGCAUAUACUUUCACCUUUGUGGAUUACAAGUGUACAGUCGAAUUUUAUACAUCCCCUUUCUUGGUUGACAAAGGCAUGGCAAGAGUAGGGCAGAAGCAGGUGCAGACCUUGCUAAUCGAUGCAAUUGAUCGUGCUUCAUCAAGGUGGAGAGGAGCUGAUAUUUUGGUAUUUGACACAGGACAUUGGUGGAAUGAUCACAAAACUAAUGCUGGGAUGAAUUUCUACCAGGAAGGUGGCAAAAUCCAUCCACACCUUGAUGUUUCCACAGCUCUCAGAAAAGCUAUGAUGACCUGGGGGUCAUGGGUUGAUAAAAACAUCAAUCCACGUAAAACCCGAGUUUUCUUUCGAAGUUUAUCACCCACGCAUUUCAGGGGAGGUCAAUGGAAUACAGGCGGGAGCUGUACAGAAGCUACUGAACCCCUCCUCGAACUUUCGCAAAUUGAAGACGAGAGAAACAUAAUUGCAGAGCAGGUCGUGAAGCAGAUGAAGACUCGUGUGACUUUGUUGAACAUAACUGGCUUGUCAGAAUAUAGAAUAGACGGUCAUCCAUCUGUCUAUGGCAAUUCUUAUUCUUCAGGGGUUCAGGAUUGCAGCCAUUGGUGUCUUCCAGGCAUUCCUGAUAUGUGGAAUGAAUUGCUGUAUUUUCAUUUGCAGCAGUAACUCACACUGCAAACUGCUGU